GCAAUGGUCACAAAACGGCAGAUAAACUGCACAUGUCUACGUGUGGUUUGCAUUUCGUCAGGCUACAGAAGGCAGCGAUGGUGGAACUGCAGCUCCGGUAGGAGUGACGAGGAAUUUCGGAGGCAAGGACUCAAACCCAAUAGUUGCGAGGUUAAAAAGCAACCAAGUCUGUUGUGAUAUAACUGAAAUUAUCUUUUGGGAAAGGAAGAUGAAACGUCAAAACCCACAUUAGAAGUUCUCCAGAAUUUUAGGACAAACCUCUGCUGGCAAGAGUACCACUAAGCCUUUCAUGUUGUGAUUUUGACCAGCUUCCAGAUGAUGUACCUGUUUCAGCUAAUAUUGCAGAUAUUGAAGAGAAGAAAGGCUUUUCUAAUUAUUAUAUGUUUGUCAUUGAAGUUAAGCUUAAAGGUGGUGGUAGAUACCUGAUUUUCCGACGCUAUCGUCAGUUCUAUGCCCUGCACACCAAACUAGAGGAGAGAUAUGGGCCAGAGAGCAAAAAUAGCCCUUUCACCUGCACACUCCCUGUAUUGCCAGGAAAAGUUUUUGUUGGGGCCAAAAAGGAAAUUGCUGAGAACAGGAUUCCUAUCCUAAAUGUCUACAUGAAGAACCUACUCUGCCUACCCGUUUGGGUGUUGAUGGAUGAGGAGGUCCGGCUGUUCUUCUACCACUCAACCUUUGAUGGUGAACAGGUGCCUCACAGACUGAGACGGCUUCGCCCACGGACACGCCGAGUUAAAAGCAUUUCACCUCAAGUGCCUACUUCUGACCGCACGGCAGCUCCACGGGCUGAGGCACUGUUUGAUUUUUCUGGAACCAAUAAACUGGAACUCAGCUUCAAAAAGGGAGACUUGAUCUAUUUACUUAGCAAAGUAAACAAAGACUGGUUGGAGGGAACAGUUGAUGAUGCCACUGGGAUUUUCCCAUGUGCUUUUGUGAAGAUCAUAAAAGAUUUACCACAGCAGGAAGACACAGUUAAUAAAGUUCGCUGUUAUUACCAUGAUGAGACUAUGAGCACUGUCAGGGAUAUCUCAGUGGAAGAGGAUCUGAGCAGCAUUCCAUCAUUCAAAGAUCUCAUGGAAUUGAUGAGGCGGGAGUUUGACCGAGAUGACAUUGUUUUGAAUUACCGGGACCUUGACGGUGAUCUGAUCCGGCUGCUCUCCGAUCAAGAUGUUGAACUCAUGGUGUCUCAGAGCAGGAGAAGGCCCUCUGAGAAGCAUUUCUUCCCUUGGAAGUUGCACAUCACUCAUAAAGAUGACCUGGGUGUCUACAACACUAGUCCAGGAAUAGGCGCUACUCAAAUAGUAAAAGCAACAUAAGCGCUAUAUAGAAAUGUUGCAGUCAUAUAUAGUACAGUCCUUCUGUAAUCCCACUCUGCAGACAGUUUCCUUUAACAAGCCUUUGAAGUAGGCUUGAAAAGAGUAAUUUUUAGUAAUAUAUUACCUUUCAAUGUAAAAUCUGUACUUAGUUAGCUUUUUCAGCUUCUUAGCAUGCCUCUGUAAUAGAGAUAUUUGCAUACAGACCACAGAAAGCGAGGAAUAAAGAAAUAAAAACACUGGCCAUAUUCAUGAAUCGAAUCAGUGUUAGCCUGCAAUAGAGGUUUAGUGUCCUGAGCCUCAAGGCCUGCUCUAAUCUCUAUUCUCGCUCCCAGAGCUAAUUAUUUGCCCAGAAUGUCUUCAUAAGCUUUUUUUCCUAGACUGCCAUAAUUUUCUCCUCACUUGCUGAUAUGAAAGUUUGUGUGCCAGUGCUUAUGAAUGCACAAUUAUUUCUGUUACAUGGGAGUCUGACUGGGCAUUCAGAGCUCGUUCUGAGAACAUCAAGAAAACUUUUUUAUGUUUCAGUGAAGAAAUUACAGCCCACCUUGGCUUUCUUCUUUGCAAUAUUUUGAAUUCUGUGAAUGAAACCUAGUACACCUGUGGUGUACCUCAUAGACGUUCUUGUAAUUGUACAGACUACUUCUGCUUUCUGGGAAAAUUUGUGUGAUACCUAUUCAAACAGCAAUUUCUUCUCUGUCCGCCUUCUGCUUUCUGACAUAUCAUUGCAAAGUAGAACUAACAAGAAAUUACUGUAUGAGAUUCUUCAACAAAUGAAGUUACAUAUGAAUAUAUUUUACCAGUUUCUAUUCAAAAGAGGGGUUUUUUGGGGGGGUGAAAAAUUCUGCUCUUUUUUUUUGUUUUUGCAUGAAAGUGAGAUAAUUUUGAAAAAGAAUUUGAAAGCUAUUCAGCUUUCCUUAAAGGGUAGUUCAUUAUUGAAUGAAAAUAUAUCUUGCAAUAAUUUCUUUAAUGUUCGCGCAAUUAAAAUAUUUUCUUCUUUAACAAAUUUACUGCUGCUUGUAAAAAUUAUGUAAGUUAUGUAUGAUUUACAUAAAUUCUAUGAUACCUAAAAUAUUGCAUUUUAAAAGCACCAUGCAGUCAUGGUGUUAAAAAGACAGUGCCAUGUAUAAAUAUAAUCAGUAAAAAAUAAGAAGUUAAAAGUGUUUUCAAACAUCAUGCUUUGGAUUUGACUGUUGAUUUCUGUGGCAUUAAGCUACAAUUCUUCACUUUAAAAAAUCUUUGUCCUUGAUCUGCUGCUAAAAUUCGCACAGGCAAAAGGGAAGAUUAACAAGUAUCUGAAGGUACUAAGGAACAGUUAACUAAUGACGCAUGAAUAACUAAACUGUCCGUCCCAAAACUGGCAACAUGUUUUCUCUUAGGUGUUACCUGUAAUGUUAUCAGGUAACAAGAUCUUUAACACCACAAAAGUAUUUAAGGUGACUUAUCCCUUAAACUCUGUUUUGGUUUUUUUUUUCCUUCCUGAUGUAUAGAGGUAAACUUAUUUGUAUAGAUAAGCUUUAAUAUUCUAUUACCUGUAGCCCUGCAUUUAUGCAUAUAUGUGUAUUAGAAAUAAAGG